AUAAGGGAAAGGAAGAAACGACAUUUGUCUGACACAGUUAAGUGAAAGUGGUCGAUUGUCCCGGCAGGGGCACGACUUUGGUGAUGCUGGAUUGCUCUUGAUUGAAUCCAAAAGCUCCUUGAAGAAUUCCAGGAUAUUUCCAAGAAUUUGAAGAAAGUGGAUAAAAAUGACACAAACAAUUAGCGCCUAACGCUCAAAGUUACGAGUGCGCCUGAACGCCUCAAAGUGCGUGGCUACAGGAAGCAAGAAGAAGAAAGUGCUGAAAGUUGUUCCUUGCUCCGUGUGCAUCAUAUCAACAAAUAAGAGCAGCUGUUAGCAGCUGUUAGCAUCCCGUCGCUACGUCCAAUGAUCAGAUAUCCCUGCAGAAAUAUGGAGGUGGAGAGGCUGCAUAGCGGGAGUGAACAUCGAAAAAAGACUGUAUUAAGGUCUUCAAGGACAGCAUCAACCAUGUUGGAAGCGCUAACGGCGCUAACGGCGCUAACGGCGCUAACGGCGCUAAUGCCGCUAACCCUUAGAUGCAUAAGUACGCCUCUCGCCCAAAGACAGCUGGGAUAGGCUCCAGCACCCCCGGCGACCCUCGUGAGGGAGAGCGAUAGAAAAUGAAUGAAUAUUCCAGGGACCGGACUCAAGCUCAAGACUCCCUCCCUACUCCCUGUCGAUGGCUCUCUCAAACGCAACCCCCCCUUGUGACUAAGCCUUGAGGAACCCUCCAUCACACACUGGGACUCCAGGCCAGCCCCUCGGCUUCUGAUCCUGCCACCCAAGGUGUCGGGACCAUGAGCGUGGGAAGGAUCAACCGCUACAGCAUCGUAUCGUCCGAGGAAGAGGGCCUCCGCCUCACGACCAUGCACGGCAUGAACGGCUUCGGCAAUGGCAAGAUCCACACACGCCGCAAGUGUCGGAACCGUUUUGUCAAAAAGAACGGUCAGUGCAACGUGCAGUUUGCCAACAUGGACGACAAGUCGCAGCGCUACAUUGCGGACAUUUUCACCACAUGCGUCGACAUUCGCUGGCGGUGGAUGCUGGUGGUCUUCACUCUCGUCUUUGUGGUCUCCUGGCUCGCCUUUGGUUUGGCCUUUUGGGUCAUCGCUUUGCUGCACGGGGAUCUGGAUAACCCGGCAGGAGAUGACAACUUCACCCCGUGUGUCCUUCAGGUGAACGGAUUCGUGGCUGCCUUUCUCUUCUCCAUUGAAACGCAGUCUACAAUCGGUUAUGGCUACCGUUGCGUCACCGAGGAGUGCCCGGUGGCGGUCUUCAUGGUGGUGUUCCAGUCCAUAGUGGGCUGCAUCAUUGACUGCUUCAUGAUCGGUGCCAUCAUGGCCAAGAUGGCGAGGCCUAAAAAGCGAGCGCAAACGCUCUUGUUCAGCCACAAUGCUGUCAUUGCGAUGCGGGACGGCAAACUGUGUCUCAUGUGGAGGGUGGGGAACCUUCGCAAGAGCCACAUUGUGGAGGCCCACGUCAGGGCGCAGCUCAUCAAGCCUCGGAUCACAGAUGAAGGGGAGUACAUUCCUCUGGACCAAAUAGACAUCAAUGUGGGCUUUGACAAAGGCCUGGACCGGAUUUUUCUGGUUUCGCCCAUUACGAUUCUCCAUGAGAUAGACGUGGAGAGCCCGCUUUUUGGGAUCAGCAAACAUGACCUAGAAACUGCCGACUUUGAGAUCGUCGUCAUCUUGGAAGGGAUGGUGGAAGCAACGGCCAUGACCACGCAGGCUCGGAGCUCCUACUUGGCCUCCGAGAUCCUUUGGGGCCACAGAUUUGAGCCUGUCUUAUUUGAGGAGAAGAAUCUUUACAAAGUGGAUUACUCACACUUUCACAAAACCUACGAGGUCCCGUCCACGCCCAGAUGCAGUGCCAAGGACAUGGUGGAGAACAAAUUCCUUGUACCCACUUCCAACACGUUCUGCUACGAAAACGAGCUAGCUUUCCUCAAUCGGGAAGACGAGGACGAGGAUGAUGUCGGCGGCGGCGGUGGUAGGGCGCUGGCAAAUCUCAGUCCAGACCGGAACAGCCGGCAUGAGUUUGAACGCUUACAGGCCACCAGGACUCUGGAUCAGAGGUCUUAUCGGAGAGAGUCUGAAAUAUGACGUCUUAAAAACUGAAAACGCAGAACAAAGUGCCAUAUAGGAGAAGCUGACUCGUGCGGCCGGAUAUGAAAAGUUUAGUUUUCCACGUGCUCACUUUGAAUGAAACGAGUUAUAAUAACACACCACAAAUUGUGUAAAUACAUUUCUUAAUCAUGGCGUACUUCGAGUGCACUCACAGUUUUGUGAAAAGUAGAACGCACUUUGUCAACUUCUUCUUGUUAUUGCGUAAUUUGCUGGACGGGGGAGUUCAGUGACACAUUGAAAAUUCAAACGCAGCGAGCCGCGAUAAAACACCUGAUCACGAGCCACUGAGAAGAACACAAUUAGAUAUUUAUUCGGGUUAAGUUGUAAUUCCCCAAAAUCAACGCUACUUGUACUGUUAAGGGAAAAAAAAACACAGUGACUCAAAUGCAACACAUCGAGGUAAAUAUUCAUUCAUUCAUUCAUUUUCUACCGCUUUUUCCUCACGAGGGUCGCGGGGGGUGCUGGAGCCUAUCCCAGCUGUCUUCGGGCGUGAGGCGGGGUACACCCUGGACUGGUGGCCAGCCAAUCACAGGGCACAUAUAGACAAACAACCAUUCACACUCACAUUCAUACCUAUGGACAAUUUGGAGUGGCUAAUUAACCUAGCAUGUUUUUGGAAUGUGGGAGGAAACCGGAGAAAACCCGGAGCCUAUCCCAGCUGUCUUCAGGCGAGAGGCGGGGUACACCCUGGACUGGUGGCCAGCCAAUCACAGGGCACAUAUAGACAAACAACCAUUCACACUCACAUUCAUACCUAUGGACAAUUUGGAGUGGCUAAUUAACCUAGCAUGUUUUUGGAAUGUGGGAGGAAACCGGAGUACCCGGAGAAAACCCACGCAUGCACGGGGAGAACAUGCAAACUCCACACAGAGAUGCCCGAGGGUGGAAUUGAACCCUGGUCUCCUAGCUGUGAGGUCUGUGCGCAAACCCCUAGACCACCGUGCCGCCGAGGUAAAUAUACUGUAUCAAAAAAAAGUGAGAAAACCCUUAAGUGACGAUACUAAACUUAAUCCUGUUGUCGGCUAUUUAGGCAAUAAUCAUUUUCACUGAAUAAUACUUCUAUACAAACUGCACACGACUACUUUAAAGUAUUUUCACAUUCAUUUCUAUAGUAUUAUCACUUGAGAAGAUACCGUAACAUAGAUUUUGCUGAAAUGUGAGGGGAUGUAUGAGAGGUGGUACACUCUGGACUGGUCGCCAGCCAAUCACAGGGCACAUAUAGACAAACAACCAUUCACACUCACAUUCAUACAUAUGGAAAAUUAACUAAUUAACCUAGCAUGUUUUUUUUUUGGAAUGUGGGAGGAAACCGGAACUCCACACAGACUCCACACAGAGAUGGCCGAGGUGUGGAAUUGAACCCCCGGUUUCCUAGCUGUGAGGUCUGAACGCGCUAACCACACGACCACCGUGCAGCCAACCAUCGUUAUAUUAUACAUUAAUAUUAGCGGUGUCACGAGAUCUCUAACGAGACUAAAACAUGACAAGAUUUCUCAUCCUUGUGGCCUUGGACAAAAAUGAAGUGGAUAAUCGAAGUGGUGUAUAUUAUUAUUAUAUUGCAAUAUAUAUUCAUAUAUUGCCAGGAAGAGGAUUGGUUUCAGCACAUCGGUAUGUUGGUUCUGAAGAACAACGGCAUGAACGGGGUUCUUUUGCCAGUCAUACUGAGGAGGGGCCGGUAGCAUACGUACACAGUGCAGAAGAGUGUAGAAAUUAAACGAGGAUUGCAAUAUAUUGUCAUAUUUUUAAUAUUUUUACUGGUCUCGUAGACUGACUCUCUCGUGACACCUCUAAUUGUUGCAUAUUAUAACUUCCCACAGAACAAAAUAGAGUGGAUUGAGAGUGGGCAUUUUUAAAGGAGCACCUUAACAUGUUUGUUGUAUUUAAGCAAAACCCUUAUAGGACUAUGUCAAACAAAAUACCACAAAUGAGUUUUUUUUUCACCAAUUAUACUAAAAUAUCUAUGCAUAUCAUUAAUAAUGUCAGGGGUGAAUAAGAGAUCACAUUUAAAAUAUUUUUACAAUUUAAUAACUUUAACUACAUUUAGUAAAUAAUAAAUUUUGUAUUGCACAUAAACUAGAAUAUUACUGAUGAAAAAUCAUUUUUAAAAAAUACUACACAGUACACACAGUAUCAACAGACGGCAUCUUCAAGGGGUUCAAUUAUGGUCAUUUUUCUGCCCUUUGUAUUGACUCCUAUAGAGCAGCUGCACGUAAUAACCAGCACAGGAAGCUUUCUAGUUCUUCCAGAAUCUGCACCUAUUCAGCUGUAUUUCUUUGGAUUUUGUGCUUCCCGCCUCAAAAACAAUGAUUAUUAACAUUUACUAUUAUCAAGCACACAAAACGAAAUAAUAAAUACUCAUCGGUAAAAGGGUAUUCUGUCACAAAAUUAAUUAUUGAUGGUUCCAUGCAGUAGGAGUGUGUGUAUAUGAAGGGAAACUUGAAGUGAAAGCUCAGGAAAGGACCGUGAAAUGCUUGCAAUGUUGGUCACCAAGUCUGCAUUUUUUAUCCGUUGUCACUUUGAACCUCCUUCAUUUGUUAUUUUUCCUAAAUAUGAACUACGAUAUGAAGCUCAUUGCCUUCUGGGAAGGAUUUGUAUGUUUGAUGUUUCCCUGCAUCACACGGUUAUUUGUGGUUUAAAAAUAAGGUGAAGCGCCUUCACAAAUUGUCCUGCAUAAUUGAAUCAUUUCAUAUGAUAUUAUGUCACAUUUUCUUUUUGCUGUCAUGCACCUGAGCCCUUAAGAAUAAAUACGCAUUUUUCUAUAUAUAUUAUGAAGAAAUCUAUAGUGUAAUGGCAUACUGACAUUAUAGAACUGGCUGAAUACAGCAGCUUAUUUUUAUACAACAUUGUUUUUGAUAGAAUUAUCAGAAUUAAAAAAAAUUAAUCACUAUGGAGAGGAUGGUUUAAUUUUCAUUUUAGCACCUAUUUUAAGAAGUAUUUCUCUUAAAGGGAUGAUUUGAAAAAUCCUUUGACCUCUGUAGAAGUCUUCCUAAGUCCAGUAAAUCGACUACUGGGCUUCUGAUUUCCAUUCAAUCAUCUAAGUCAUUCAAAUAA